AUGUCAGGGCGUCAAGGAGGAAAAGCUAAGCCAUUAAAGGCUCCAAAGAAGAAGCAGCACGAUGAGGACCAAGACGAUGCCGCAUUCAAAGCCAAGCAAAAAGCAGACGCUGCAGCUAAGAAGGCCAUGGCAGAAAAAGCCAAGAAAGGUGGUCCAAUGACUCAAAGUUUGCUAAUUACCAAGCAUAUAAUGCCAUUGACUCCUGUAUCCACUCCGACGAAAAAGAGAACCAUCAGAGAUAUAUCAAAUACAUACAAUGCUAAAGAUGUUCAACUACCUUUGACGCCUACGAAAACACCCACCAAGAAACAAAGACUCGACCUCCAAUCCCCUUCGCAAGAUGAACCUUCAUGUAAAAGGAAGUUAGUAUUUACCCCAACAUCAUCACCAACUAAACCACCAUUGACACCUAAAUCAUCAUCAUCAUCCAUAUUUGGCGAGACCUCGAUUUAUUCACAAGCUAAAGCAUUGUUUCAGCGAGGUAGUAAGAAUGGCGAAUUAAAUAAUAAUUUACAACUACCUAGCCGUGAGCAAGAAGCUGCUCUCAUCAAUAAUUUCAUUCUGAAAAAUUUGCAAUGCAACCAAUCAAAUAGUUUAUACAUAUCGGGGCCACCAGGUACUGGGAAAACAGCACAAGUAAAUUUGAGUUUGCAGAAAUAUGAAACUAGUAAAGAGGUAAAGAUUGUUCGAAUCAAUUGUAUGACAUUAAGAAAUCCUGAGCUGAUUUUCCAUGAGAUCUAUGCAUCAUUAGUCGAUCAAAUGAGUAUUUCAUUCACCAAGAGGAAAACAUUUGAUGACUUUUAUCAAGUUAUUGAUAAAAAGAAUAGCUUCAAACACGUGGUAUUGUUUCUUGAUGAGUUGGAUUCACUUUUAACUAAUAAUCAACAAGUUUUAUUCAAAUUGUUUCAGAUAUCGAAUUCACAAAGUAAAGUACAAACACCAACAAAGGUUGUACUAAUAGGAAUUUCAAACACUCUCGAUUUAAACAACAAGUUUCUCCCCAAGCUAUUCACCAAUAACAUGAUCCCGGAAUCAGUCCAAUUCUUGCCCUAUUCAACAACACAGAUAAAGUCUAUAAUUAUGGCUAAAUUAGCCAAGUUCCCCACCAGUAUAUUCCACCCAGUUGCAUUACAAUUUUGUUCACAGAAAGCAGCUUCGAUAUCAGGAGAUUUGCGAAAGGCAUUUGAUAUUUGUUACAAAAGUAUAGAAUUAGUCGAAUUGGAACAGAGAGGUAAGCCCAAGGAUGGCGAUACGAAUGUGAGACUAGUGACUAUUUCUCACGUUGCUAAAGUGUGUGCUGAUUCAUUCAGUAGUAAUACAACAUUGGCAUCACUUAGUGUGUUGCAUAAAUCAAUAUUGUGUCAGUUAUUCAAUUUUCAAUUGAUCAAGCCUAGUAUUACCAUAAAUAUGUUUUAUGACUAUUACCAAAAACAGCAACAAGAGGAGCAAACGCUGAAUUUAUUGGGUAGUGUUAAAAGUAGCGAGUUUUUGGAGAUAUUGGCAAUGUUGGAAAGUAAUAAUUGUAUUACAAUGGAGUCACAGGGGUCCAAGAAUAACAACAAUGAUAAUAAUAAAAAAUUAGUUAAAUUGAAUAUUGAUUAUGACGAAUUGGUCAAGUCGAUUGAAGGUGUUGGAUUUUUGAAGAAAUUGUUGAAGCAUUCUAGGGAAAUACUUGUAAAAGAGUAG